AUGCAUACAUCCUUGCUCUUGAGUUGUGUUUCGGACGAGGCCCACAUCGCUGCGACCUUUUGUACCCUGGGUAUCCUGUCCCAUCUUUUGAUACUCACCAGCGAGAUCGACAGCGCCGUCGGUAGCUUGCUCAUUGGGGUUUUCCUUGCCUGGGCCGGCUUGGCUACAUCUUUCGUGAAAGUAUUGGGCGUCGAUGUUCUCUGUGCGAUCGCGAAAUCCUCGCUCGCUUGCCUUUUUUUCUCAGUGGGUCUAGGAGCUAGCACCAUUAUCUAUCGGUCAUUCUUCCAUCGCCUGCGGCAUUUUCCUGGCCGGUGGGGAGCAAGGAUCAGCCGAUUCUAUACAGUUUUGACCAUUAAACUCUCUGGCUUCAAGUAUCACCACGAGUUGGAGAAGUUACAUGCUGAAUUUGGUGAUUUUGUUAGAACAGCGCUUUCCAGCUAUCAACCUCAGAUUCAAAAGAAGGUCAACAUCUUAAUUGAACAACUCAAAGACCGGCAGGACAAAGAUGUCGAGAUCACCCAGUGGACUCAAUAUUAUUCAUUCGACGUCAUGGGAGAGAUCACAUUUAAGAAGGACUUUAGACAACUUGAAGAAGGUACUGAGCAUUUUGCAAUUACUGCCAUGCAUGCACAGCUGGAACAGAUUGGCCUUCUCGGGGCAAUGCCAUGGCUGUUGCAUUUGCUCGUCCGUAUCCCUGGACUCGCUGGCCCGUACGCGAUCUUCGACAAAUACUGCGUUCAGCAAGUAGAGCAGCGAAAGGCGGAAUGGCGCCAGGAUACAGAGAAAAGACCAACUGAUGUCAUCUCCUGGCUGUUAAAAGCAAAGGAUGAUGGAGAAGCUUCUGCUUCCCCUAGCAACCGAUCUCUACAUGAUGAAGGCAGACUUGCAAUUGUUGCUGGAAGCGAUACGACCGCAACAACGAUCGCGCACAUCUUGUACUAUCUUGCUACUCACCCAGCAGUAUACCAAAAGUUGCAAAGGGAGGUGGAUGAAGCAUAUGGUGUCCAAGAUAUUGCCCAUCCCCUGCCGUACCUCGAGGCGGUAAUCAACGAAACCCUCCGCUUAAAGCCAGUCGUGCCGAGUGGUCAAAUGAGGGUCACACCUCCAGAGGGUCUCUUCAUUGAUGAGGUUUUCAUUCCGGGAAAUACGAUCGUGGUUGUUCCUCAGUAUUUGCUACAACGAGACGCACGCAACUUUUCUCGUCCCUUGGAGUUCAUCCCGGAACGAUGGCUUGAGAAAGACCAAGGCAUGGUAUUCGAUGACAAGGCUUUCUUCCCUUUCACUAUAGGUCACUAUUCAUGUGCAGGCAAGCAACUGGCAUAUUUGUCAAUGCGUAUUGCUAUCCGGUCGAUCGCACAGGAGUUUGAUAUCUCGUUGGCACCAGGGGAGGAUGGGAAGAGUUUCGAUGAAAAUGCCAAGGACACUUUUACCUUAGCAAUACAACCUCUUCAUUUGGUUUUCAGCGAGCGAAAGGGCUAA